AUGGAGUAUAUAUUACAAACUGGGAUGCAGCGUAGGACCGUAACUGUCCGGACAUCGUGGCUGGUGGACAGCAACAGAAUUGCCACGAAGAUCAAGAGUGCAUCUGGUGCAAACAAUCCCGAGAGUGUUAAGUGGAAAAGCAAUCCAACCAGGGCAUGCCCGAAUUGCCUAUAUACUAUUGACAAUAGUGAUGUUGCUCAACAAUGGCCAGGCUUACCAAGAGGUGUAAAGUUUGAUCCAUCUGAUCAAGAAAUAAUAUGGCAUUUGCUUGCAAAAUCUGGGCUGGAAUGUCUAAAACUCCACCCUUUCAUUGACGAGUUCAUUCCGACUGUGGACCAAGAAGAUGGAAUUUGUUAUACACAUCCUCAGAAUUUACCUGGUGUCAAGCAAGAUGGAAGUGUAUCCCACUUCUUUCAUCGGGCCAUCAAGGCAUACAACACCGGCACAAGAAAGCGCCGGAAGAUUCUUGGUGAUGAUUUUGGGGAUGUUCGCUGGCACAAGACUGGAAGGACUAAACCAGUGAUUCUCGAUGGGGUCCAGAAGGGGUGUAAAAAGAUUAUGGUCCUCUAUACAAGCAUUACAAGGGGAGGUAAGUCUGAGAAGACUAACUGGGUUAUGCAUCAGUAUCAUCUGGGGACAGAAGAGGAUGAGAGGGAUGGGGAGUAUGUGAUCUCAAAAAUAUUCUGUCAGCAACAGCAAGUCAAGCCGGGGGAGAAGAAUGAGAAUGAUCCUCUCGAGAGUGGUGAUCCUGCGAGUGUAAAAGUGGACCCUGUCACUCCGAAGUCAGUGACUCCCGAUCCACCUCGUCCAGACAAGCGGUCUUUGGAGUUUGUUUCAGGGCAGGAUCCGUGUGAAGCAGAUGUGAGUGUUCAGCAUGCUACCAAGAUGCAAUCUGUAGAUAAUGAAAUCCAAUGUGAAAUACUAAACUCGGAAACACAUGAGCCUUGCGUGGGAGAGAAUGCUGUUGAUCCAAUGACGGAUGACAACAAUCAGCAGGCCGACGAGGAAGCGAAAUGGUGGGAUAAUGAAUCGCAGUACCUUUUGGACUCCCAACAGCUUGUGGAAGGACUGUCCCUUUGCGACGAGCUUCUUCAAAGCCAAUCUCCUAACAGGGAUGGGAACGACGCUGAGAAGAGAGAGGCCUUGAAGGAUAAUAAGCCCCGUCUCUCUGAUUAUGUCCAGCUAGGAUCUGAGAACCUGAAGAAGGAUCUUGAGGAGUGCCAAAAUCUUACUUUUGAUCCGGCAAAUCUGGAGCUCGAUACACCACCUGACUUCCGGCUGAGCCAACUUGAAUUUGGAUCACAGGACAGCUUUAUUUCUUGGGGAGGAAAGGUGGGUGACUGACUGUUCCGGGCUAUUUGGAGAUAAGUAUAUAGGAUGCGACUUUUUGCUUUUCCUUUUGAAGGCUUAGCCUGUUUAAUCCACGCUUGAAAUGUGAUGUACUGCUGGCCAAACAUGGAGUGGCACAAAACUUGGCACCAGCUUUUUGUGAGUGUUAACGGCUAAAGUGAUCAACUGUGUAUGAAAGUGGAUCAGUAACAACACUAUAUAUAGGGCUGGUAUGGCUCCUCUGUACUUCAGUAAAUGCUUAAGUUUGUAAUGGCUGAUGUUGAAAAGAUUAGGUUCAGUCGAGGUUCUUAAA